UUAGGUAAGUGCGACACCUCUGAUUAUGCCCAUGUUACAGGCCGUUGAAGUUCCUGUUUGUUCGUUAUUUCUGUUUCUUGAGGUUGUCACUUUGUAAUUUGGGAAAAAAAUUUCCGGUCCUCUUUUUCCUAAACUCUCUCUGCGAUUCUUCCACCAAAAUUAGGCCCAUUUCCGUCUGUUAAUGGUGAAUCUGGUGACAGAAAGGAGGAAGCGAUGUCGUAUAAGGUGGAUCAUGAGUACGAUUAUCUAUUCAAGAUUGUAUUGAUUGGAGAUUCGGGUGUGGGGAAAUCUAAUAUACUCUCCAGAUUUACACGAAAUGAGUUCUGUUUGGAGUCUAAAUCCACCAUCGGCGUCGAAUUUGCCACCAGAACCCUCCAGGUGGAGGGGAAGACGGUGAAAGCACAAAUAUGGGACACGGCGGGGCAAGAGAGAUACAGAGCCAUCACGAGCGCAUAUUACCGAGGAGCCGUGGGGGCGCUGUUGGUAUACGACAUAACCAAGAAGCAAACCUUCGAGAACGUGAGCCGGUGGCUGCGCGAGCUCCGGGACCACGCCGACAGCAACAUCGUCAUCAUGUUGGCCGGGAACAAGUCGGACCUGAACCACCUGCGGGCGGUGGCGGAUCAGGACGCGCGCCAAUUGGCCGAGAAAGAAGGCCUGUCGUUCCUGGAAACCUCGGCGUUGGAAGCCUUGAACGUGGAGAAGGCGUUUCAGACAAUCUUGUUGGAUAUUUACCAGAUUAUUAGCAAGAAAGCCCUGGCGGCGCAAGAGGCGGCGGCGGCGGCUCCCGGCCAAGGCACUGCCAUUAACGUUGCAGACAACAAUGCUAACGCAAACAAAGGUUGUUGUUCUGGCUAAAAACAGGUUUCCACCAUGAUUGACAGUAGAAUAUCUCAGAGCUUUAUAAUGUUAGAUAAACAGACAUUCUUGGUUAAAUUUUGUAAUCUUUUCCACACAAGUUUGAAUGUUCGUUGUAAUUUUCCUUCGAUUUCUACUUUCUUAAUCCUAAAUCCUAAUCUCACUGGCCACAGAAUUGAUUA